GGGUGUUGUGAAUUCGUGUAGUCAAGAAAUCUUGAGUGGGAGUUGUCGGACCGAUUUUGUUGUGCGUUUUGUCCGUUGAUUGGCACCGAUUUCCAACGCGCCAGCUGCAGACAUGCCCGGGAUAGAGAAGCUGCCGAUAGAGGAGACGCUGGAGGACAGUCCGCAGACCCGCUCUCUGCUGGGAGUGUUUGAGGAGGACACUGCAGCCAUCUCCAACUACUGUACACAGCUCUAUCAGGCCAUGCAUAGGAUUUAUGAUGCACAGAAUGAGCUCAGUGCUGCAACACACCUGACCUCCAGGCUGCUGAAAGAGUACGACAAACAGCGUUUUCCUCUGGGUGGCGAUGAUGAGGUGAUGAGCUCCACUCUGCAGCAGUUUGCAAAAGUCAUUGAUGAGUUGAGUUCCUGUCAUGCUGUCUUGUCCACCCAACUUGCAGACGCCAUGAUGUUUCCCAUCACUCAGUUUAAAGAAAGAGAGCUGAAGGAGAUCCUCACUCUGAAGGAAGUCUUCCAGAUAGCCAGUGAUGAUCAUGACACAGCCAUUAAUCGAUACAGCCGCCUGUCCAAGAAGAGGGACAACGACAAGCUGCGGGCGGAGGCAGUGGAGGACGUCUACACCUCUCGCAAGAAACAGCACCAGACCAUGAUGCACUACUUCUGCUCACUUAACACGCUACAGUACAAGAAGAAAACAGCUCUGCUGGAGCCACUGCUGGGCUACAUGCAGGCCCAGAUCAGUUUCUUUAAGCUGGGGUCAGAAAAUCUUACCCAGCAGUGGGAGGACUUCCUGGGAACCAUAGGAACCAGCGUCCAGAAUGUCCGUCGGGAGAUGGAGGAGGAGGUGGGGCAGAUGCAGCAGACCAUCCAGCAGAUGGAGAUAUCAUGUGACUCGCUGUAUGCACCGUGUGACCCUGACCCCGCCCACUCACCUGUCUGUCGCAACCUGACCAGGAAACAGGGAUACCUGUACAUCCGCAAUAAGACGGGUCUGGUGUCGACCUCCUGGGAGCGUCAGUACUUCUUCACGCAGGGUGGUAACCUGAUGCAGCAGGGCCGCGGCGAGGUGGCCGGCGGGCUGGUCACAGACCUCGACAACUGCUCCGUCAUGGCGGUCGACAGUGACGACCGCCGCUUCUGCUUCCAGGUCACAUCCUUCGACGGCAAGAAAGUGGUGACGCUGCAGGCGGAGAGCAGGAAGGACUGCGAGGAGUGGAUCUCCACCAUAAACAACAUCUCCAAGAGGAUCUACCUGAGCGAGAACGCAGAGGAGCUUGCGGCCAGAGUGAACCAAUCAGCUAUCGAAGCUGUGACGCCAUCACCGUCCUUCCAGCAGAGACACGAGAGCAUGAGACCCGGCAGUAAAGGGCGUGCGGGCAGAGCGAGCAGUAUUAGCUCCGUGGGGUCCGAGCCAUCGCCUGCGCUUUCUGUGCUCUCAUUGGACGCGCUGGUUGCCCCGGAAACACCAAUCCAGUUUGACAUCAUUUCCCCCGUCAGCGAGGAAAACUCAGGACAGAGCAAGACGGCAGCACAGUCCGGCAGAAGGAGUAAUCCAUUUGGAGAGACGGGAGACACCACUACAGAAGACAGUGAAGACUCGAUCCUCCACCAGCUCUUCAUCGUUCGCUUCCUGGGCUCCAUGGAGGUGAGGAGCGCCGAGUCAGCAGACGUCAUCUCUGAGACCAUGAGACAGAUCCUGGCCGCCAGAGCCAUCCACAACAUCUUCAGGAUGACCGAGUCACACCUGCUGGUCACCUGCGACUGCCUCAAGCUUAUUGAUCCUCAGACACAGGUCACACGACUCAGGUUCCCUCUGUCCAGUGUGGUUCAGUGUUCGUCCCAUCAGGACAACAAGAGGCUGUUUGGCUUCGUUUUGCAGUCAGCAAGUGGGCGGGGAGACAGCCGAGCCGUCUGCUACAUUUUCGAGUCCAACAACGAUGGAGAAAAGAUCUGUGACAGUAUCGGUCUGGCCAAGCAGAUAGCCUUCCACUCUGAGAUGGACCGUAAGGCGGUGGAGAAGAGGAAGGAGCAGGACAAGGCCAAAGAGAAGCAGCAGGAGGAACUCAGCAAGCAGAGACAGAUAGAGAAGGAUCUGGAGGAGCAGAGCCGUUUGAUCGCCGCCUCUAGUCGCCCUGCCAACCCGCCUGCCCCUGACGGACAGUUCCUAGUGCUAAGCAACAGCCAAUCAGAGGACAGCGACGCUGGGGAGGAAGGGAAGAAGAGGGGCGAGUCUGAAGCCUAACGACACGCAGAGGAUGCAUGUUUUACCUCCCAGGCUGGUCCUAGCUGGUACUGUUGAAGCAGCAGCUCAGGAAUCAGAGGAGGGGAACACCACCUGCCCACCCGGGCUGCCUGGGACUGAAAAACAUGCGCUCCCUCUCUGCUGGACUCUGUUUGAAGUUUGUGGUGGAGCCUGUCACUCUGAAAACGGAGGAUAAACUAAAUGCACCCACACUACAAGAGGAGGAGGAGGAGUGGCGAGGAAACAUCUCGCCACGGACUCGUGUUUUAUUCUGUGUGUAAAAACGCUGCUUUUUAUACCGGCUCCGCUAUCCAGAAAAGGACAAAAAAAUAUAGAUUAACCUGUAAGUUUCUGUUUUACAUGUUUAUUUUAUAAAGAAAAAAAAAAAAGAGCUAAGAAUAACGACAGAGGAUAUAAAGCAGAACAGCGUGAGGAAUAAUGAACCAGGAUCUGAAGGAGCCUGAGGGAACACACAGUGCAGAUUUGGACGGUGUCAGUGUCUCACUCUGGCACUGAGGAACCUCAGCUGUUUUCUCUGUCAGUGUUGUUGGUAAAACACGAGACAUACGAUGCUCUAAAACAACAGAAGAAGAAGAAGAAGGAGACAGAGCGAGCAGGGAGUCUUAUUUUGAAGAGUACUUCCUGUUGUGAUGUGUUCAUCGGCUGACCUUUUUACUCAUCUUCCUUCAGACGGUCACUAGUUUUCGUUCAUUUCACCACAGGAUGAAGAAUAACGCCCAGUCUUGAGUCGGUAUUUUUUGGUUUGUAAUUUUCAGAUGUUUUAAUUGACAAACAAUUAAUCUAAAAAAUAAUCCGCAGAUUGAUUAUUAAUAAUAAUAAUAAUAAUAAUAAUAAUAAUAAUAAUAAUAAUAAUUGCAGCCUUACGUCACAGUGACAUUAUGACCACUUUAUUCAGGUCAACAAGACAGAGCCAGUGCAUCAAAAUUAAAACAGGUCGCAGGACUCUUCUCCACUACACCGACCUUUAUUCCAGUUUCUUUAAAUACAGUACAUUGAUCAGUCAUGUGAUCGAUAUGUCAAUAAACGAAUGGUGAAAGGUGCAGCGGCAGCGUGGACGGUGAAGAGGAACAGAUCCAGAAAUCUAAACCGUCAGCGAGUCAACGUAGAUUUGGUCAAAAGACUCUCGAGACGUCUAAAUUCAAAUUACGCUUCACUGGGUUGGACGUGACAUUUGGUUGCUGCUUCAAACUAAAUGCCAAAACGUGUUGUUCGUCGUUGUCGUCCAGAUAGACUCAGAUAUUCCUUUUUCAGUGCCUUGAUAAACAGUUAAAAAUCACUGGUACAAAAUGACCUGCCACCUCUGGUUAAAGGUUCGUUAAAUUUAGGCACAAGAACUUAAUUAAGGUCAGGAAUCGUGGUCGUGGCUAAAAAUAAAACUGCUUCAGCUUUUGCUCCUGACAGACUUGAGUCAUAAUUGAAAUGCACGUGAGGUAAACAUUGGUCAUAUUCUGAUGUUUUUCUGUCAAGGGCAUCUUCACAUCACAUUCAGUGUAACUGUGGUUUAAAUACUACUACACUCAAUUUUAAAUUCUAGUGAAGAUCCCAAAGCUUUCAAAAAUACCAAAUACUUCACGCUGAAAUGUAGGAAAAUGAUGCAUAAGACAUUUAAAAUAAUAAUUAGGAGCUGCAACAAGCCAACAGUGGGGCCAGACGGUCUGAGAAGGUGGUCUCAGACUUUUUAAUCCCACUGAAUAUAUUACAGUUACAAGUAAGACUGAAUUGUAACUUAGUUGUCUAAAACAAAACUAACUUUUCAACCAAAUGUAGCCCAGAUGUCAGCAGGCGUUAGACUUACUGACUGUGUGUGAUGUGGAAACACAGAAACUCUUGCUGCGACUUUAUUCAAAGACAUACGUGGCAUUGAAGACUGAAACAGAAAGAUCACUCACAGCUGGACUCACUGUGGUGACAACAUGUCAGGUUAAACUCACGUUACCUGCUGAAGUUAUCCUGACUGAACUUCACUGAUCAACAGCCUGUAACGUGAAUGCAGGUUGGGCAACAGUGUGACAGGUUUUUUGAGUUUGAGAUGUGACUUACCUGUCAUCAUAGUCGCUGUGAAUGAAACAUUUGGUCCCCCCCCCCCCCCCCCGAGGUCAAAGGUCAACUCUGAUUUAGCUACAGUGAAAAUACCCUGUGCCCUAACAACUGAACGGCUUCAGUGCCAAUAUGAACUUUGUUCUUUUUCUGAAUCAUCAGCCGUCGUCAGUCCAGCAUCCUCUGCUUUUCAUGCACUUUGUACGCAGUGUGUUUUUAGCAUGUUGUCAUGACUGAAGCCAAACAGACCCAGAGGUUGUGAAAAAGAAAGUUGUAUUUUGAAUUGAUGUAAUUUGAAGAGUUUCUCUGCAACUGCUGCCUCUUACAAAAUGAAUAAUUGCAUGAAAGUAACGCUCCUUAAUGAGAAACAUUUACCGUUCACCAGUUAGAUUUUAGGCCACGAAGGUGAGCCAACGAUGCUUCGCUCUUGUCUUUGUCCGUUUGCCUAUUGAGAAACGUUGGUCUGACGUUGGGAAAAGUUGGAGAUCUGUCAACUAAAGCACAAACCUGAUCAAUCGGUCUCCUCACUUUUGCUGCUUCUGACGACAGUUUGAUAAAAGGAAGCUGAGAUUGGAAAGAAGUAAAGAUUUUGGUGUCAACUUUUGGUUUUCUCUGGUGAGCUGAUACAUUUUAUUCAUUCAGUAAACUGUGAAGAAAUGUCACAUUUUUGGCAUCUAGAUAUAUAAAACCGUAGGAACCAUGCCGACAUGCAGUCCUCCAUCUGCUCUGCCAAAUAACCAGCCGAGCCUGUGUGUCUCUCCUGACAUCACAGUAUUGAUCCGUGCUUUAACACAUGUUAAUCUGAAACAAUGCUAGAGGCCUUUUAAUGCUUCUCACAGGUUUGAUUCAUUAAUCAGCGUUUAUUCAGAGUGAUUGAUUAUCUGUAGGAAAAUGAAGUGAAUAAGCUUCAGUUUCAGGAUCAUAGACAUUGCAUGCACAACAGACAAAACCUCUUCAGUCGCCUGUGGGGAAGUUAACGGGGUGAAGACGUCUCUAAAUCAACUGUUACUAAUAAAAAAUUUAUUUUUUGGUUGUUUUUUUUUUUUUUUUUUGGGAGGAUGUUUUCUUGCUGUAACCAGGUGACGGACUCGAGUCGAUGGAGCUGCACUUUAACGACAGGAUCGACGAUGUUGAACUGUAAAUACGUUUCAGUGAUUGAUGUUCCAGUGUCAUGAUUAAUAAAAAAAAGGCUUUUCAGUGAUAAAUAAAGCACUAACUCCA